GUCCUUUCCACCGACAGUUAUCCGAUUGUCAUUCGAACGAAAUCGAACUGUCAAAAAACGCUUGUUUGGGGCUUGUGGUGUUGUGUCGCAAAUUAUAAUGGGCAAUUUUUCGGAAAAUCGAGUGAAAAAUAAAACAUUUUCUUGAAAAAGACUGAAAAUCAGUCUCAAAAUAAUGGUGUGACGGACGACGAGCGAAAUUUCCUGAGUUUGAAUGUAUUGAUUCAGGUCCAGGUUAUGUUUCCAACUUUCAUAAGCAUACUAGAUAUUCAGUCGUGGUGGGAGGUACCCAGCAUAGCUCACUUUUGCUCUCUUUUCCGAACAGCAUUUAAUCUACUAGAUUUUGACAUCGAGGACUUGGAAGAAGCUCUUUUAACUGAUGGCACAGAAGAGACUUCCUGGCUCCAAGAAUUAAUUGUACGACUUCUAAGUGGUUGUCUGCCCAACAAUGAAAUCUCCACAUUCAACUAUCAGAUGUUCUUGAGACGAUUGUUUCGGCAAAAAUGUCAGGAGCAUGAUCGUUUUAAUCCGUUUAACACUGAUUGCGACUUUACCUUAUUACCGUUGAGGACUAAGGUUGACAUUUUACACGCUCUGUGUGAUUUCAGAUUAGACGCAGAAGAUGUGCUCGAUCAGUUAAAGAACUUAGAAGCUGAUAGUUUACGAGUGGAACCAUUGGGGUACGACAAUAACGAAUCUGCUUAUUGGUACUUUUAUGGUACCCGAUUAUACAGGGAGGAUUUCGAAAAGAAAAAUAACAAAACCAACGAGGUUUGGCAGGUGAUUUGUUUCACCGAAGACGAUUGGUUUCAGUUAACCAGAAAGUUUAAAAGUUCAACGGCGAAAAACGAAAGGGCGCUACACAGUACACUGAGCAAAAAUUUCCUUCCAGAACUGCCGCGGUUAUUUAAAGAGAAAGAGCGGCAAGCCCGAAGACGCUUGUUGGAGAAUCAACCUAAAAGGACUUCCAAUCGUACGAGAAAGUCUGUGGAAACUGUGGAAAGUGAAGCAGUUGACCCAAAAAAGCAGUUAGAGGAAACAAAGGCAAAACAAGAAGAGGAAGAACUGCAGAGGAAGAAGAAUCAGGAUAUAAGAAGAAGAGAAUCCUACGAGAGACGUUCUAAAUCAAAACUAAGUGAAGAACCAGAGAAGAAGGAAGAAAACACAUCAGAACCUCCACCGAGGCAUGAGAUGGCAUCGAAAAAACGAAACAAAGGACGUCAGAGGAAAGUGUCUAGUGAAUCAGAGGAAAGCAACAAAGAAAUAAUUUCUGCACCAAAACGUAAAAAGACGAAAAAUGAUGAACCUACCGUAACGGCACCAGCUAAACCUGUGGGAAGGCAAACCAAUAACUCUUUGUCCGCUCUGGAUGGUCAGAUUGUCAUCCAACAGCCAGCGCCACCUGUAGCAUCUAAAAAAAAGAAAUUAAAGACUUCCCAAGUAUUCCAACAAACAGACGAAGAUCUGCUAGUGGGCAUGCACAAAAUCCUGGAUUUUGUUAAAAAUCACGAAGAUUCCUGGCCGUUUCUCGAUCCAGUGGAGGAAGAAUAUGCUCCCAAUUAUUAUACUAUAAUUCGUAGGCCUAUGGAUCUGACCAAGAUGGAGGAUCGACUGGAUCAAGGCUACUACAAAACUUAUGAGAAAUUUAAAGGCGAUUUUCAACUGAUUGUUAAUAAUUGUCGAUUGUAUAAUGGGACAGAAAAUGAAUAUACUGAGAUGGUGGACAAUUUGGUGCAAGUUUUUGAGAGGGCCACUCAAAAAUACCUUGAUCAGAUUUCUUCUUCAGAUGAGGAAAUCGCAGUAGAAAACCUCAAUUCUGAAGACGAAGUCAUAAAGAGCCUUAAAAAGAGAAGCAAACGUUCAGAAAGUCCUGUGGUAGCGCCAAAGACAAGGAAACCUGCUUUGGCAGCUCAAGGCAGAAAAAGAGAAAGGCUCAGUGAAGAAGCGAGUAGUGAAGAGGAAGAGGAUGACGAACCAAUAUCGAAGAAAUCAAAAAAAGAAGUAAAACAGUCAUCAGAUAAAAAGACUGAGAAAAAAAAUUUGAAAGAAAUUAAAAAGAAAAAGCCUGAAAAAGAAUCUAAAAAGCCUGAAAAAGAAUCUAAGAAGCCUGAAAAAGAAUCUAAUAAGAAGCCUGAAAAGGAAUCUAGAAAGCCUGAAAAAGAAUCAAGAAAACCUGAAAAAGAAUCUAAGAAGUCUGAAAAAGAAUCUAAAAAGCCUGAAAAAGAAUCUAAAAAGCCUGAAAAAGAAUCUAAAAAGCCAGAGAAAGUACCUAAAAAGCUAGAAAAAGAAAAAGAAGUGCGGACCAACAAAAAAAUAGAAGAAGAAAAGGAAUCUACUAAAAAACAAUUGUCAACGUCAAAGGCGAAAAAGGCUGAAAAUUUAAAAGAAGAAAAGAGAAAGCCAAAGAAAAGAGGCCGUAAAAAGAAAAAACUCAGUCCAGUAAGGAGUGAAAGCCUUGAUAGUAGCAGAUGCCCAAGUCUGAGCCCACCUAGAAGCAUUUUAAGCACGCCUCCUCCUUCUGACGUUGACGAACGCGAAGAAAAAAAUUUAAAUACAAGGGACCAAUCAAAACCAAUAGAACCUAAUAAUAAAAACUCAAUAUUUCCUUGGGAUACGCCCUUAGACGAGCCGCCCCCUUGCUCGCCUCCAGCAACUGAAAAACGAACAAUGGAGGAUCUGCCGCCUUACUCUCCAAUGGGUUUCAAACCGGCCAAAGAUAAACACAACAAAUUAAGGGAGACUAUUGAAAAACUUAAAGCAAAAAGUAGCGAAAUUAGCCGAAUGCAAAAGCCGCUUUACGAGUUCGAAGGCCCUGAUGAUCAUUUAAAAGAGAAUAAAGAUAAAAAUAAGAAGGUUAUCAAUAAUGAGCCGCAUAAACACGCACAGAAAGAUAAUAAAUUGUUACAUCAAGUGCAUAAAACAAAGAAAAAUCACCAACAGGAUGUGGUCAGUGAAGACACAAGAAAGCAUAUGUCUAAAAAGAAGGAAUUUAGGGAUUCAGAGUGUAGUGCGUUGUCAGCAACUACACCCAAACCAGCCCAAAAACAAUCGAACUUCGAGGCUCUCAGUUUGGCCACAGAACAAACCUUAAAAGAUAUCAACAAAUGGCUGGAUGACACACCAAAGUUCGCUGACUUUAGCUCGGCUAGUAACUCGCCCUCUAAUUAUUUGGCCCUUGACGAUUUCGAUUUGCAACUGCCCACGCCGCGUCCGUCGUUGCCUACACCUUCUUCAACUGACCCGAAAAAAAUGAGUGACAAACCCACCGGUGUGCCUUCUCCAGUACAAGCAGCCAAAAAAGACGGAAACAAUGCAACGUUGCCUACAUCAGGUUCCACAACUACUAAAGAUGGCAACAAGAAAAAGUCUUCGUCUUUUCGAGACCCAUCGAAGUUUUUCAGUAAACGUAGAGAGGUGCAGAGGACCAUAGAUCGUCUACAACCAGGCAAAGGAAAAGGCAAUUUGAUUACCAACGUGCAAAGCGCGACCAAAACUGACGAAACCUUCCCCCUCAAUCCAUUAUUGAAAUUGAAAGACACCAAAAACUCGCUCAUAGUAAAAACAGAUACAAACGCUCCCAAAUUAAGCCUAGGGUCGGUACUAGACAGUUUCGGCAAGCACAAGUUUGCCGUUGACGAUCAGAAAAAAGAAGAAAUCGUAGACGCAAAAGAAUCCACUCCGACAGAGGAUUUGAAAAAGGAAGAAGAAAAGGAUAAGAGUGAGGAAGUUCAGAAGGAAGAAAAAAUCGAGGAUAAAGAGAAAGUGGAAAAGGGAGAAGCUAAGAUUGAACAGGAAACAAAGGAGACAAAAAUAACUGAGGAUGAGUUGAAUAACUCCGCUGGUGGCCCCACUCCCAAUUUAAGUGCCUGGUUCAAAGCCUUCGGCGCCCCCAAAGCGCCUGCCCCGCAAAAAAAACCCGACAAGACUGACGCUAAAGAAGAAGAAGCUACUGGAGCUAAAUCUGAAAGAGUGCCUCCUGGGGAUCCUUCUCCGGUCUUGGAAAAUCCUCAACCAAUAGCCAGACAGCGUAGGAUCAGUACUGGCAGUAGCAUGUCAGAAAGAUCGUCAUUUAGCCAAGAUUUGGACUCGCCAAGGGUAGGGAUGGAAGAGAGGGGCGCGUAUCCGGCUCCCUAUCCAUCACCUUUGCAUAGGUCACCUAGUAGCGGCGCUUCUCCCGUCACUGCUUCACCUCGUCCAGAUAUUUCACCGCGUUCCCAAGCCUACCCUCCCUUUAACGGAGGACCCAUUCGUGUGGGUUUCUAUCAAGACACAGUUGCUUCAAGUAAUAAAUCUUCACCUGAUAAAUCGUGUAGUCCACGUGAGACCCAUCCCCCGAACAGUCCUUACAACAACAACUAUAAUCAGCCGAUCACCGCACCCGAACAUCAUGUCUACGCUCCUAAUACCACACCUGGUGGAUACAGUGCCUCCUAUACAGCGAACAGUCCAUACUACACCCACACAAUGCCAAGUUAUAGCAGCACAAAUCCAACCCCGCCUUACAAUUUGGAUGGAAGCAGCAGCGCUUACUAUGAUACGAGCAAGAUUGCUGAGCAGUACCAGGCAAAACCCUCUCAAAAUUAUACGGCUAAUUCUCCAUCAGCAAGCAUUAGCAGUCAAGCUUCUCCCAUUCCUCAGCCGCAACUGUCUCCCCACUCGCCCGUCAUCGUGCACCAUUCCCAAUCUUCCCCAAGUGUACAUUCACCCUCUAUGCACUCGCCCAGUCUACAUUCAGUACACUCGUCUCAGCACUCGUCGCAACACUCGCAUUCACCGCAACAAUCGCUCCAUUCUCCUGGAAUGAGUGUGGUGUCGCCUCACCCUCAAGUGAAUUCUCCCUCUUCGGGGGUGACUCAGCAUUCUCCAAGCAUGACUGCUGUUAAUUCACCGAUGACUCCUGCUGAAACGUUUCAUCCGCAACAAUUGCCUCCACAGCAAGAUGAAACGUCACAGCAUUCCAACGGCAGUAGAGUGCCAGAGAGUGUCUUACCAAUGGAAAUCAAAGAACAACAACCGGUAUUUCCAGUUAAAAAGCGGGCUUUCAUGGAUACUGAUCUCACUUCUCAAUUUGAAGAAAUAAUAGUCAAUAGGACUAUGCAGCCACUCAACCACCAACAAGAUACCAAUCGGGAACAAUUAUUGCAGAAACAACAACAGGAUCAAUUGAUGCAAAAGCAUCACCAGCAACAAAUACUACAACAACAACAAAAGGCCCAACAAUUAUUACAAGAACAACAAAAGCAACAACUGUUGCAAGAGCAAAAGAAGAUACAAGAGCAACAAAAGCAGCAACAGCAAUUAUUACAACAACAACAGCAACAGCAAAAGAAUUUGCAAUUGUUGCAACAACAAGCUAUGGCGGCUGCGUUUAGCAAAGCGGCCGAUCAGUCUCUUAGGACUCCGUCUCCCCCAGUUCAGCAACAGCAGCAACAACAACGCACUCAGCAGCAAGCUGAAUCUUCCAACCUGAGGAGUACCAACAUGGCAUCAUAUCAAGCGGCAACGUCUGCCCAAUAUGCCGCGAAUUUCGGUAAUGGUAGAGAAGGUUAUCCUCCCCUUAAUGUACCGUCUGCGCAUCAACCGAAAUUGGAUAUGUCCAAGUUUACCAACAUGGGCUAUUCAGGACCGGAAGUUAAUUUCACUAGAGCGUUACAGCAACAAUAUAGCAGCCGUUCGGAUUUGAGCAGUUAUGCGAGGACCACAGUGCAAUCGGCCAUUUCUCAGGCCUCUCAGCUUUUAAAUUCUCAAUCUUCUCUCAUGACCAGUCAACCUGCGGCAUCAACUACUAACUCUCUUCCCGGCUACCAGAAAACGGCAGCAACACCAGCGACCAAUCAACAGACCCACAGCGCUGCAUACCAAUCUGGAACGAGUUCAAAUCGCACCAGCGUGGAUUCAGUAGCUGAAAGAUUGGCUGCGCAGGCGCAACAGGAAGCAACUGCAGCUGCUGUUGCCGCCGCUGCAGGGUAUAAACAAGACAGCCGAAGCAGUUAUAAUUCAGCAGCCCUAGAUCUGGAACAGGCGCUGGGUUUAUCUCGAAAUCUCUCAAAUAUGGUCGACCGUUACAGCAAUGAGCAAAGGAUGAUGGCAGGGCUACAAUCAGCGACCAAUCCUUACUAUAGCGACAAAGGGUUAAGUACGUCUGCGCACAUGUUCAACAAGCAACUGUUCAGCCAAAGCAACAUGGCGGCUGCUUACGGCCAGCAACAACAGCAGCAACAGCAUUCAUCGCAUGCGAUGCAACAACAGCAACAGCAGGCAAGCGCAGCACAAGCGCAGUCUCUUUACAGUCGGCAGAUGGCAGCGGCCAGUGAGCUGCAGCAACACGAUAUUAAAUCGGCAGCGGCGGCGACGUCGCAAGAUCGGAAACAGCGCAAGAAGAAGAGCAGUAGCGCUGCUAAAGGUUUUAAAACUAAUACUCUAAAUAAAUCAAAAUUCACAGCGUCAUCUGAAACCAAUACAUCUCACUCGACCACAGCAUCUGCAGCAACAUCCCAAAGUGUGCCUAACCAAGGCCAGGCACACCAACAGCAGCCGCAACACGCCUUCCAGUCAUACGCCGGACUCAAGUCGACCAAUCAGGGUUCGAUACCAUCUAGCGGCACUUCGGCAGCACUAGACGCUCUAAAAAACACAAGUGGGGUGCCUGGCAGCGCCUUCAACUUUGGCUCGGGCCCUCUUGGCAUGCCGCCCGAUUCCUAUCCGAAUCUGCUGGAAGACUUUCGAGGCACGUCGAACUAUUUCAUGGGCGGCGCCAAUGGCAAACCUGGCCAAUCGACCGCCCAAAGUUACCAUCCGCCGCCGUUCCUUAAUCCGGCGGCUGCACAUCAAGGCAGAGGGGCGGCGUAUCCGCCUUUAGGCGGUCCAUUUAUGGACAGCGCUGGGACACAGUUGUACCAGCACUAUUUGCAAGCGGGGGUGCUGAAUCAAGGACUGUUGGGGGCGGCAGCGGCCGCUGCUGGCGGGUACGCGCCGCCCUCGUACCAUGCAGCUGCCGCGCUGGCAAUGCGGCAACCGUACGACUCAAUGUCGCGACCGUCGUGGCUCUAGUACAACCGGUUCGUUAAUUAGGAAUAAAUUUAAGCAUAAAUUUUAAACAAAAACGUUAGCGUGAUUAGUAGAUACCAGCUUGGUUGGUUGGUUAAUGUGUUAAUUUUGCAAAAUGUUACUUUAUACUUUAAUUUUAUAAACUGCAUUUUAUUUAUUAACUGAUCGCUCGUGGUUUGUACGGGGUGUUUGAGCAACAACGUCGAUUGUUUUUCAUUAGUGUAAAAGAAUAAUUUUUUAUUGUACAUACAGGCUGACAAAGAGUUAUAAAUAUUCGACAUCCCAGUUGGGUCCAUAAGACCUUAAAACAAGCAUUGACCAUUUUGUCAUAAUAAAGUUUUAUUUUUGAUUAUCAUGAGUAAUUUUUCUUUUUAGUAAUUUAAAUGAUGUUUAUAAGCUUUGUUCCAACGCAGCAGGAAACUGUACAAUGCACCUGAAUCUGAAAGUGUACUGAGUAGUUCAUGGGAUGGUUUUUUGACGUGUUGGAACAGACCUAAUGACUGAGAGUUGGUGACAAAGAAUCUGUUUAUUCUGGUAAUGAACAUUUGUUUAUACUUUGUGGUGAAAAAAAAUCCAGAAAAAAAUGUCAAAAUUCUUGCUUUGAUGUUUUAACCAAUCAGUCGUUCACAGCGCUAAUUUUUUUUAUUUUUGAAAAUGAAUAAUUAUGUUAGUGGGAAAUAGAUAACGACUGGUAAUGAGAUUUUAGGCAAAGCCCUAAAGAGACUUAUUAUAGGGAGAGGAAAAAACGAUAUGAAAAUACACAGUUGCAAUAAAAUAGAGCGUGAUAGAAAUAUUAGUUCGCAUAUUUGCCGCCUUUUAAUUCUCGCUGGUCGCACAAUACUUGUUUGGAAAUUCUUAUUUGUCUAGUUUGAUUCCAGGUAAUAGUGUAUUACAGUACCGAAUCUGUGGAUUUGGUAAUGUUAAAUAGACUGUUCCUCUAUAAAUUGAAAUAAUUUAAUGGAUGUUGUGCCAUAUUCCAGUGUAUAAUAAAAAUUGUUUUAAAGGUGACGAGGCUCUUAAACACCCCCAACACAGUGGUGCUGUUAUUUUUCAAUACCUAGUGCAAAAUCAAAAAAUUAAACUUUAUUUUUUAUUUGUUUUUUUUUUGUGUAUUUUACCAAAGACAUUGUUGUCGCACUGUGUAAAUAAAAUAAUUGAAUAUAUACAUAGAUUUUAUAGUUUAAUUUUUAUUACAGAUCAAUUGUGUAAUAUUAUUUCAUGUUAUUGUUGUAUUUUUAUUAGUACAUUUUCUCUCUAUUUAACUUUAUACAUUAUAUAUAUUUUUUUAAAUUGUUUUAAGGUUUUCGGCUGACAUAAAUGUACAAAAUCAAAUAAUUUUUUGGUUGGCAUCUUCUAUAUCAACUUAAGUGAUGUAUUGGCUAGACAAAUUUUAUCCCGAAGUAGAGAAAUAUUAUUACCUAUAAUAGACGAAAAAAAUUAAUUUUACAUUAUAUUGUGUACAUAAUAAUAAAUAAAUUUUAUUAUUAUAUUGUAUUGAUA